AUGGAGUGGAUAGAUGCAGUAAGCUUAUUUGCAUGUAAAAUAAACUCCAGAAUUAUUUUAGAAAAAAAGAUAAAACAUGAAAACGAACUAUUGUCUCAUUUGUGGAAUGAUCAAAAUAUAAAACAUUUUUUAUAUUCAUGGUUGAAAGAUCAAUAUAAAAAAAAAGAUUCUAAAUCUAAUGCUAAAGCACAAACUUUCAAAAUAAUGGGAAAUAAAGAAUUUCAAGCCAAAGACUAUGUUAAAAGUAUAGAAUUAUACACAAAAUGUGCACAGUACGCUCCUGCAAACAGUUGUGAACUGCCAAUUGCAAUUGCAAAUCGAUCUGCUUCAUUAUUUUAUUUAAAUAGAUAUGAUGACUGUAUAAAAGAUAUUGAACUAGCAAUUAAGUUAAAUUAUCCUAAACAUUUACAAUACAAAUUGUAUUUACGUGCAAUACAAUGUUAUUUAAAGUUAAAUAAACAACAUUUAGCUGAUGAAAUGCUUUCCAAGCUACAGAAAAUAAUUCAUGAUUCUGAUAUUGAGACUUCUAUGAAAGACAGUAUUAAACUAAAAAUACAUAGUAUAACAGAUACUGAGCUAUGUGUACAAAAUAUUGUACAAAAUACUAAUGAUUUAUUAAGAUUAAAAUCUCAAAUUAUAUUUGAAGAAAAUGUUAAUUUUCCUAAUGCAUCUGUAAAUGUAGAUAUAGUAUAUAAUGAAGAAGUAGGAAGACACGUAGUAGCAAAUAAAUAUAUCAAGAAGGGUGAUAUUCUCUUCCUGGAAAAGCCUAUAUGUUUUACAUUGUUAAGUGAUAACAUAUAUAAUCUGUGCCAAUACUGCAAUUGCUCUAAUAUGGACAUUCCUGUUCCAUGUACAACAUGUUUAAAUACCUUCUAUUGUGAUAAUAAAUGUUUAAGUGAAGCAUGGACAUCAUAUCAUUGUUGGGAAUGUCCUGGAAGUCAGAUGGAACUUUGGAAAAAUAUUGGCCUAGCACAUUUGGCUCUCAAAGUUUUACUAACUUGUUCUACUACAAAAGACGAGAUUAAAUUUAAUGAUAUACAAAACUUAGAUACUCCUUUCGAUAAGUUACCUGCUGAAUCUUUAAUUCUAUAUGGAAUAACAGCUAUUAUGCUUACAACAUACUUACUGGAAUACACAACCUUUUUUAAAACAAAUAAUCUUGAAGACUGUUUAAUGAAAAAAUUUUUAGAUAAUCGUUUUAAGUUGAAUUUUAAUAUUACAACAAGCAGUGAUAAACAUCUUUAUAUAAGUUCAUUACUUUUACGUUAUAGUCUACAACUUUCUAUAAAUGCACAUACAAUUACUAGAUUAAUACCAAUAAAUGGAACAGAAGAUUAUAAAGAUGAAAAAGUAGCUGCAGGAAUUUAUACUUCUGCAAGUAUGAUGAACCACUCAUGUGAUCCAAAUAUAAUUAAUAUCUUUGUUAAUGAUUAUCUCAUUGUAAGAGCCUCAAGAGAUAUUACUGAAGGUGAAGAAAUUUCUAACUGCUAUGGACCACAUUAUGCGAAAAUGCCAAUAAGAGAUAGACAAUAUAAUUUACAAAAUCAAUACUAUUUCAAAUGCAAGUGCAAGGCAUGCACACUACCUGAGUUACGAUAUUUUGUGGAAAGAUUUCAUGCUAUGAAAUGCAGGAGAUGUAAUGGUGCAUUAUGUAAUAUCAAUAACUUUAUGUAUUGUUUAGACUGUAAUAACAGAUCUCAAAUACAGUCUUCAAAUGAAAUAAGAAAAGCUGACGAAAUUUUCGAAGCAGCACAAGCUGCCAUUCUAUUGAGUAAACCAGUUGUAGCCCUAGAUAAAUUAAAGAAAUGUUUACAUAUUAGGAGAGCAGUAUUAUAUAAAUAUAAUGAGGAUAUUACACUAACAUUACAUUUGAUGGGAGACAUAUAUAAAGCAAUAGGGCAAUGGGUAGAUAGUAUAAUGUGUUUUGAAAACGUACUUGCAGCAAUUAGAGAAAGAUGUGGUCCCAAUAGCAGAGAUUCUCUUCAUUAUUUGCUUCUUAUGUAUGAUCUAUGUCUUCUUUAUUUAAAAAAUGAAUUAAAGACUACAAACACAUAUACCACAAUACUAAAAAAAGCUGAAGAAUACCUAAAUGAAAUAGAAGAAAUUACAAAUCAUUAUUAUGGAACCUGGAGCAAAGUUUAUGAUGAUGUAAAGAAAAAGCAAAAAGAUUUUAUCUUAAUAUCUUAUAAUACUUGA